AUGGGGCUGUCGCUCGGGUGUUCGAAAGACGGAGAUGAACUGGGGAAUGGUGGCAAGAGUAGUAUGCAGUUUGUGGAUGAGUGCGUCGAUGUCCUGCGCUCGUUUGGACGAGUUGGGAUGCUCAUGCUGGAAAGUGCCUCGAUUGACUGCGAGAGGUGUGAAGACUACUUGGCUCUGGCGAAGGAUGCCUUUUCCUCUUCCUUACAGCUGUGGUCUCAAAUCGGCCUCUCGUGUCUGACAAAGUUCAAACGCGGAUUGGAGUUGGAGGACGUUGUGGACGAUCUGUGGGAUUUUUGUGUGGACCGUGUACGUGUGCACCAACUACUUGCAGAUCGCUCAGACAAUGGAGGGGAUCUUCAGGUCAUUGUGUCGUCGUUGCAGGAGUUGAAAAUGCUGGCGCCGUACAAAACUUCAUACGCAAGCACCUUGCUCGGGCUUAUGCAGGACGUGAGCGAUGGGUACAAUAAAGCGGCCCAGCAUGAGCUACAAGUGGCGUUCGCUGAAGAAGCGAUAAGGAUUGGCGAUGCACUUGAGACUAUCUUGCUACCGAUGAUCAGACUCUACGUCGACAACAAGCAAUUUGAAAAAGCGCAUCACUUGCUGUUGGUGUUGUUUCGACAGGACAACCUUUACGACUCCAUCGUGGGAGCUCGCAUCUACGCCCAGGGGUUGUCGUACUCGGGCAAAGGCAACAGGAUCUAUCACGUCCUAAAUGACAACUACGAAGAUGCCGACUUCGUCAUAAAUUUGGAGAUGGCGUGCAACUUUGCUUCGCUUGAAGACAAACGAUGUGGGGCGAUGGAUGAACUCAAAAGGAUUGGACCUGCAUUACUCGCGAUGGAGCGUGAAGGACAAGCCCUGGACAACCGAUUCAUCAGACGAGUUCGGCAGUCCAUUUUUGAUGCGCUUCAGUAUGCGUUCAAUGCUUCCCAGCAUGAGGUCUGUUUGAAGUGCGCAGAAGCUGGUAUAGCUGUGUCUGCAACGUCACAAGACAAAGCGAUGUACAUGAGGGCGAUAUCUCGCUCUUGCAUCCAGUUGGAGCGUUAUGUAGAAGCUUCCGAGUGGGCAAAGAAGGCAUACGACGCAGAGCCUUCUAAACAAUCACUAUUUACAGCGUUUCAAGUGGAACUAGAUGCCAAACCACAAACUUCAGAGGACGAACUACUGCACACUAUCAACCAGCUACGAGCAAGGGACGACUUUGAGAUUGAAGACCUGCUCGCCGUCGGAAAACUAGCCAGUAAUGCCGGCCCAAGUCGUCAAGAUAUCGUGCUAUACGUUUUGGACGAACUCUGUGGGAUGGUGCGAAGCACUGACUAUCCGGCGAAUUUGCCCGUGACAGUAGUCCUGCAAAAUGCAGCUCAACUUUCACUUAGCAAAUUUACCCAGGAUCAAGAUGGAUCAAACUGUGAUUCCAAUGGCUCAUACGGAGAGAAGUUUCUGAAAUACGUCAGUAUGUUGCUCCAGCAAUCAAAACCUGAAGGCGGCAAGCAAGGCAACCAUGUUGGGCCACCUGCAGUCUUCGAAUGGUUCUUCAGAAUGAGCUUUGACAUCGCUCGAAGCACCGAGGAUUCCAAAUAUUUUGUCACCGCAGCAGAUAUCGCCGAGCGAAGUGAUGAGCUGUACAUGGAUCAUUCACCCUAUCUAAUGAGCAAGACAAUUGUCAGGCUUCAACUGCUGAUUCAAGCAGGUUCCAUCGACACAAGCAAGCUGUGCUAUCUACUCCGGCGUCUCAUAAUGCUGGCGGAUUCGAAAACAAAAGCAUACAAGUGCUUUGAGCAACUAUUCCAACUCAUUGACAGUGUGGACAUGCCGUUGUCUGACCUCGACAUGGAAUGGUUUGUCGCCAAAGCAUGGAACACCGUAAGUGCGUUGCGUUGA